GAGCAGUUCAGAACAGACUGCCCAGCACUUGUUUGCACUCUCUGCUCACACCACCCGGCCCACAAACAAACUUCUUUCAAUUUGAAAAUCACGUGUUUCAGUUCGACAACUGUCAAAAGUAAAACACUAGUGCUAGGUGUGAAACAGGUAUUUUAGUCAGCCAAUGAUUUUUUAACAUGGACCCCAUCAACUGGAACCAACUCCCGGACACAGCUGUUAUCAACAUCUACUCUUAUCUGCUUCGCAAAGACAGAGCCCAAGCAUCUUCAACAUGCAAACGCUGGCGAGAUUGUUACUUCCACCCAUCUUUCUGGCGCAGCAUGGAGAUAACACUGUCCAUCAAAGUUGGAUGUGAACCAGCCCGGUCGAUUCUCGAAAAAUGCGGCAAAUUUGUCCGUGAAUUGACGGUGACAGUCCGUCUGCCAGAUCAUGGGAUUAGCUGCGGCUGGCGUUACAACGAGGCACUAGAUAGCAUCCCCUCAUCCACUUCCUCAGAGGACAAAUCCUAUGAAAUGCGACCGGACGACUUGCCAAAGUACAAGGCGCUAUACCAAGAGAUCCCAAAGACUCUGGAUGGUCUUAAAGGAAAUCAAGGAUUAGAGAAACUGAUUUUUGUUCUGUUCCCACAGAAUGAGGAUUGCAAAUGUACACUGUCCCCGGAUGAAGAGCUUGAUUCUAAGAUAACAAAAAGCCUAAUGACUGUCGUCUUAGGGACAACAAAGCUCAAGUACCUCGCACUAGGGCAUGGAGUCAGUGCUUCCGUCCAACCACAGUUCCUGAAAGAGCUCGCUGAGAAGUUUGCCAAACGGCUUCAGGUCCUCCACCUACCAACAUUCCAGGGUAUUCCAGAAGUCUUGCCACCAACAGAUGAUACCACCCUCUUGGCCAAUCUGCCUCAGUUUAAGACCUUGUCCGUCCUAACCCUAAACAUGUCCUUCAUCACAGACCAGCUACUGCAGAAGAUCUCAACUAUCGAGCCCUCCAGUCUCCGACAACUUAACAUGAUCACUGGUCUCGGCAACGACGCCAUCGCAUGGUCCACUGACGCAUCCUGGGGAAAGCUGUCGCGUCUUUGCCCGGACGUUCAAGUCACCGCAUCCGUGGUCGUUUCCGACGAUUGUACAUUGGACGACCUCACCGACAAACUUUUACCGAGCAUUCCGCUAACGUCACUUAGAAUUCUAGUGUGCUAUCCCAGCUCCCUGACGCCAGAGUUGCUCGACACGGUUGCCAAGAAUUAUCGUUCCGUGCUGAAAAAACUGGAGCUGCAUUCUGACAGAGCGGUUCCGUUGUUUGGUGACAAUACAGAAGAAGAUCCGCUGGUGAUGCUGAGCUGGAAUUGCAAGAAGUUGAAACAUCUCGUUGUCUCAGGAUAUAAAGUUUUGGCCUGUGAUAUGGAGGCAGUAGCUCUACUUCGAGGACCAAGUCUAGCCGUCUUUAAGGUUGACCUCAUCUGUCACAACUGUGAUGAAUUCGACGAAGAAACGCCUACCUCUUACGAUAGUCCGUGUACGGAGAGCGUGGCCAGCGUCACCCUCCACUUUGAAGAAAAGAUACGAGGCAUUAGUAGUAGUUUGAAGCGACCUUGGAGACCCGUGGAGAGGAUACGCAUGACAAGACAGAAAUUCCUCUCGCAUGAUCUGUAUCUCGGUAUUGAUCUUUGACAAGUUAUGAAAUUCAUGCAGCGAUUUCACAAAGAGUUAAGACUGAUCUAUCAUCUUAACUGUGUACUAAUUUGAUGGCUAAAAUGCACAGCCGCAAUCAUGGGUACUCUUUUUGUUACAAAGAAACCAAACGAACAACAGAUAACUAUUGAGUAACUCUUUAUCUUGUGUUCGACAAUCUCAAUACCUUUUUUAUUCCAGCCAUUAAAGUAACGUUGAGAUUAACUGCUAUAUCAGUUGUUUUCAAACUGUUGUUCAUAAAAUGGACACGAAAAGUGUGCUGUUACAAUUCAAAUCACUAUAGUGAUAUUGCCAACUCAUCUUAAAGUGUUUGUGUACUUUUUUCUAACACAAAACACAAUGUCCACAGAUUUAUAUUAAACUUACACUGAAGAUAAUGAU